AUGAGAGAACUGAUGGAAACAAAGCAAUCGACUUUCGGCGAAGUAAACCAGCUAGGAGGCGUGUUCGUCAAUGGACGUCCCCUUCCUAACGCCAUUCGUCUGAGGAUUGUAGAACUGGCUCAGCUCGGAGUGAGACCUUGUGACAUCAGUCGACAACUCAGGGUGUCGCAUGGAUGUGUCAGUAAGAUACUAGCUCGAUAUAACGAGACGGGGUCCAUUUUACCAGGGGCCAUUGGUGGUAGCAAGCCCCGGGUCACUACCCCAAAUGUCGUGAAACAUAUUAAAGUAUAUAAGGAAAGAGAUCCAGGAAUAUUCGCCUGGGAAAUUCGAGACAAAUUACUGGCGGAUGGUGUAUGUGACAAAUAUAAUGUACCUUCAGUAAGUUCGAUUAGUCGUAUUCUCAGGAACAAGAUUGGCGGUGGCCCUACCCCACAGAAUCCCAGCCCCACGUACGAAAGUAAGAGCCAAGUUGUGCCAUGCACUGCUGCACCAACACCUAUCUAUAAUCAGUUUUAUCCUUACUCGUGUCCACCGCCCUCCAUGCCGGCUGUUCCAACUGCUCAAAUGGCCCCACAGCACCACACAUUGGCGCCCCUUGGGGCAACCCGGCCACCUCAGGCCUCAAGCAACUGUGUAACUCCUUGUAUGAUGCGAGCCUGGGCAGCAUCUUCACAUUCCGUCAAUGACAUUCUUGGUUUCCGGGGCAGCGUCCCCCAGGGUAUGGGUCAACCCAUACAGGCGGAAAAUGGACCUAGUAUAGGUCAGAACUAUAAUAUGAACUACUACAGUAUGAAGCCAACUGUAUCACCGAUGUACCUGCAAAGUUGA